GGGUUAAUGUGUGUACAAGCCAGCACGCCUUAGAUACAACAUGUUCUCCGUUCAGGUUCCUGUCCUUCUGGUCAUGGUGGCCGCGGCGGUGGCCAAACCUGCGCAAUUGGGCCAUGGCCAUGGCAUUAACGUGCACCACGCGGGCAGCCACCACCAUGGUGUGGACGUUCACCAUGGACCUCCGAUCUACACUCCUGCCAGUCACCAUGGGGGCGUAGCUCACCAUACCGUCGAGGUCCACCACGAAGCCGCCGUUGUGCCUGUUCCCGUCUUGAAACCUGUCCCUGUUGUUCACCCCGUCCCUGUCCCUGUGCAUCCGAGCGCCCCGGCUCACUACAGCUUCAACUACGGUGUCCAGGAUGACUACAAGGGCACGAACUUCGGCCACGCAGAGUCACGCGACGGCUACAACACAGAAGGCGUGUACUACGUGCACCUCCCCGACGGGCGCCUCCAGACGGUCAAGUACUACGCGGACGAGCACGGCUUCCACCCCGAAGUCAGCUACAAGGGCGUCGCGCACCACGACACCGGAAUUGUACACCACUAAGACCUCUGUUUCGUUGGAAUUCGUUCGUGUUUUCCAAGUAUUCGUUCUUCAUUUCGCAGGUUCUCGAUCGCUGUGUAAAUUGUACUUAUACUUAAACCAUUAAAUUUCCUUGAUUUUUUCCCCUUCUGAUAUUGUACAGUAUAUAAUAAGCGCCUCUGAUAUUCCUUAUCGAGGGGUCGCUAGUGUAAUGAUGGCACAACGAAAGGACUGCAUGUUUAUACACAUGAACGAGUAAAUAAAUGAUAUAUCUCAUUUCCUUC